CCUACAUCUUUUUCAUUUUUUAGGUGAUGCACCUGCACAAGGAUGCUCGUUUUCUGCACAUAGGCUGUGAUGAAGUAUUUCACAUGGGUGAAUGCUCUCGAUGUCGACAGAAGCUGAGAGACGAUCUCUUUCUUAUGCAUGUCUCCAGCGUAGCCAAGUACGUGCGCUCAAAGUAUCCCAAAGUUACACCAAUUAUUUGGGAUGAUAUGCUGAGACAGCUUUCAACUUCCAGUUUAGAAAGCUAUAACAUCGGGCAGCUUGUCGAACCAAUGGUGUGGGUCUAUGCAGAAGAUAUUUACCGUUUUGUUCCUGGACCUGUAUGGGAUAAGUAUGCAACAAUAUUCCCGACAGUAUGGACUGCAAGUGCCUUCAAGGGGGCAUUUGGAGAAACUCUUUAUGUUCCCAACGUCCAGAGGCAUCUUGAUAACAAUCUCCAUUGGUUGGAUCUGAUGAGAGCUGAAUCUUCCAAAUUCAAGGCUGGCUUUAGAGGAAUCGUUAUUACUGGGUGGCAGAGGUAUGAUCAUUUUGCAGUCCUCUGUGAAUUACUGCCGUCUGGAAUCCCAUCCCUAGCAGUUAACUUGCUGGCAACAUCCCACGGCUACUUUAAUUCUUCCUUACAACCUAAACUGACAAGUGCGCUGAAGUGCGGUAUUUAUUCAUACAACACAGUUGGAGGAAUGCACAACUUUGUGAACUUGAACAGCGAUCCAUUCCUGUGGGACCAAUUCUCUAGGUGUAUGUUUCCCGGUCAUCUCUUCUUCAAAUUGACUUAUAAGCUCAACAUGGUUGAGAAAGAUGUUCAGGACCUAAUUCAGACAACAAGAGCCACACGAGGGUGGCUCACUGAGUACAAUGUUCGUCAUAACUUUUCGAGUCCUCUGCGUCUCGAUGAGCUUAUGCUUGAUGAGCCAAGAAUUUAUCAUUCCGUAACUUCGCUUGUCCAAUCUGCACAGGAUGCGUUGGCAAAUAUUUUUGACAAAUACACCAUUGCAGAAUGGAUUGAACAGAAGAUCUAUCCUUUAAUCAAGGAAUUAGAAAAAUUAGAAGGAGAUUCGUAUCGUCUGAAACAGAUAAAGACUUGGCCCCGGAGGCCGUUCCCUAUUUUAGAUGAUCUGAAGCGGUUAGGAUUGAAUUUAGUAGACGAAAAUGAUUCAAAGGUUUCUAGGAAGUAAAUUUUGUUGUACUUUUUUAUUUUUCCCCUAUGAACUAUUCAAAAGGAAGGUCUUUUUUUUACUUAAACUAGUUUUCUUGACUUCAGUGUAAAAAUGCCAUUGAUAUCCUAAUUAGGAGCUACUCUCAUCCUCUGGAUAUUGACCUGAAAAUUCACCAUUUGUGUGAAAUUUCAUGUAGAAUUUCUCUAGUAAUUGCACCAUGAGUAGUUGCCGUUUUGUUGCUUCCAAAAUUAUUGUGAUCCACUUUUCUGAUUUUAUUUUCAAAGUUCCGUAUUAAUCUUUCUAAACAAGAUGCGCUCAAGUCAGCUGAGAUUACGUCCCUUAUUUUAUUUUGAAUUGGAUUUAAUAAGCUCAUCCAGGGGAAGGUAUUUUUAAGUGGAAAACAAGAACGAAACAUGUGUUGCAAUGGGUAUUUAUUUGUAUGGUGUAGAAAAAUUUGCCGCAGGGUUAGGUGAAUGAAAAAAAGCCCUAACUCACUCCACUAAUAAUCUUUGAAUGUGGUUUCAUUUAUCAGGAGAUCUGACAAAUAAGUUCACUGACUAAUGUUCAAGCCAAAUUCUUGUUCAUUCACAGGCUUUCCUGGAGGUAGUAAUUGUCACUGAAAGUGCUCUCUCACCACAGAUCUCAGAUCUGACUUGGAUUCUUACCAAGCCAUAAGCACAUUUUGCCCAUCGACACAAUUAUUUUUUGUGAUUUUUUUCCCUUCUUUCACUUUUUUAAUUGAGAUCUUGAGAUACUUCUAAGAACAUCUCUCAGAUCAAAUCAGUAUUUUUCAAGAGGUUGUGCAUUAAUUCUUUUAGAAGGUUAAUAUCCAAACAAGGGGCUUUUUUUGAAAUUUUGGGGAUACCUCAAAUAAUUAUCUAAAAGUGAAUUUAUGUUUCAUGCCUCUGAAGUCUACAAAAUAAUUGUAGUUUUCCUGAACACUUUUCAAUUACCGUUUAUUUUUUUUUCCUUAAACCGGUUUGUUGGAUUCUUUUUUUCUUCUAUUCGAUUGAUGGUAUUUUAGGUGGUGAAUGAAUGAAUAAGAUGAGAUUAUUGUUUGAUUGUCGUUGAUUGUUAAUCAAUGAGAUUAUUGGUCAUUUUUGUCUUACUCACUUUUUUUUGUUACAUCAACUAUUGGAUGAAGUCCAUCAUUCUUGCAGCAAAGUUUAGUGGCAUAAAAAUGACAAAUCGAACUUCUACGGUAUUGAUAAAUGUAUUCAACAUCAUUAGCAGCAUCAGUAUAUUUAGAAAAGCACUUCGUUUUGUAUUAUUAUCAAUUAGUAAAUAGUAUUAUUACAUGAUGUACAAAAAUGAACCUAGUCUCCCUGAGCUCCAAGGUAUA